AUGGCAUACCUGGGCGAUGUGGAGGCAAAAUAUCAUAUCUGGAAUAACAAGAAGAGCAAGGUUGAUUGGGCUUACGGUUCAGAAAUUAAUGACAAGAACUUUGAGGCACAAGUCAAAAUAACCAAAGAAUUGAAUGCAUUCAAUAAGCAACUGGGGAUUGAGUUUAAAAAGUACGACUGCACUCACUUUACACCAUAUAAUAGGAGACAGUUUGAGAAGAUGGCAGUUAUCGGCACCUCUGCCCUCAACUCAGAGGACGAGAAAAAGACAUUUGAUUUUACACCUGGAUUCCCAGAUUCCAUUAACAACACAAAGACCAAAGAGGGGUUAAUAAGAGAUGAAAAGGAGGGGACGGCAUACCUUGGCGAUGUGGACGCAAAACUGCUGGCUUGGAAUAACAAAAUAUUCGAGGUGAAUUGGGCUCACGUUUCAGAUAUCAAUGAAAUGAAUUUGGAGGCUAAAGUUAAACUGACCAAAGAAUUGAAUGCAUUUCAAAAGCAACAGUCGAUUGAGACUAAAAGGUACGACUGGACUCACUUUAUACCAUAUAAUAGGAGACAGUUUGAGAAGUUGGCAGUUAUCGGCAUCUCUGCCCUCAACUCUGCCGACGAGAAGAGGUUCAUUAAAGCUACGAAUAACAUGGAAAAGAUUUACAGCACAGCCAAAGUGUGUGUUAGUGGAAAUUGCAUGCUUGAAUUGGAUCCAGAUCUAACGAAAAUAAUGAGUGAAUCUAAGAAUUACAACGAACUCAGGCAGGCGUGGGUUAACUGGAGGGACGUUACCGGCAAGAAAAUGAGGAGAGAUUUCAUAUCUUAUUAUAAUUUAGGCAAUAAAGCGGCCAAACUUAAUGAACUGCCAAAUAUGAAGUUUGAGACUUUGGACGACUUGUGGCUAUUUUCGUGGGAAACGCCGGAUAUUAAGAAUCAAACGGAGAAUCUAUUGCUAGAAAUGAUGCCUUUCUAUGCGAAACUUCACGCAUAUGUUAGGAAACAUUUGAGGAAAGCAUAUCCCGGCAAAAUGCCUAAAGAUAAGACAAUACCCGCGCACAUUUUGGGCAAUAUGUGGGCUCAAGAGUGGAAUAAUAUCAUGAAUACGGUGCCCGGCGUUGAUCCAUAUCCCGGCGUACAGACCAUUGACGUGACAAAGGAAUUAGUGAAACAAAAUUAUACGGCGAAACGAAUGUUUGAAUUGUCGGACAAAUUCUUUAGUGAAUUGGGACUCAUGAAAGUGACCGACACUUUCUGGCAGAAGUCCAUCAUAGAGAAAGCCAAAGACAAAGAAAUGGUCUGCCAUGCUUCCGCCUGGGAUUUCUACGCCAAAACUGGUGAUGAUUUUAGGAUAAAAAUGUGUACCGAGAUCAAUAUGAAUUCUUCCGCCUGGGAUUUCUACGCCAAAACUGGUGAUGAUUUUAGGAUAAAAAUGUGUACCGAGAUCAAUAUGAAUGACUUGAUUGUAAUCCACCACGAGAUGGGACACAUC